AUGGAGGUUGGGGGAACCAUAACGCCGCUGCUUCAGAGGGAGCGACGCGAAUUGGAGCUUUUGGAAAUGGGGGCGCAGCUGCUGCAUGAGGACGUGGGCAGGGGCCGUGCAUCGGGCCGUUGUAUUGUGAGUUUGCGUGAAGGAAAUGGACGCCGUGGAACAAGGAUGACGAGACGGCGGUUUGACGCAUAUGAGACGCUGUUGCAUAUGAUGUGUUGCGCUGCAGCCCCCAGUGAACUCUACGAGGGGGUGAGAUGCUUUGCUGCGCCUGCAUUAAACGUGAGUGCAGCUACGAUUUACUGGCCCUCUGGAACCAAUGGUGCGAGGAGCUGGACCGGUGUGACCUUGCACUCGCCUGUAACGACGACGUUGCUUGUUACACGCGUGAAGUAUGCGCCGCUUCAGAAGAAGUGGAAAACGGCGCAACACGAGCUGAUGCAUCGGCAGCAUGUGGCGGAGAGUGAGCUGUAG